AUGACCAGUGGAAGCGGAGUUCUACUUGCCAUCGUCGCUGCUGCCUUGCUGCGCCUGCCGAGUGCACAUCCAGAUGACUUGCGGCCACCAACUAGCCCUUUCACCGCCCGCUUCACUACACUCAACGUCAUCGAGCAGAGCAGCGUGUCCUGCUGGACGGCCAUCGGCAACUGUCAAGUAGGUGGCCGAGACAUUAAUCGGACAAUUUUGUUUGUAAAAAUUUGCACGCCGCUGACGUCACGCAGAAAACCUGUCAGAAAUGCGUUCUGGCAUGUUUUGAUGUGCAUAGCUUUGAGCGGCAAUGUGGCCUUGAACCCCGGCCCACCUAGUGCAGCUGCAGUUUGCAUUCUUUGCGAUAGGCACGGCCGAAGCAAUCAAAUAAAAAUCACAUGCGACAAUUGCCACUCCAUCUAUCACUCGGCCUGCUUACGAUUUACGCCAAAAGAAAGAACGAAAUUCAAGGCGGGAGGCUAUAUUUGCUGGAGCUGCUCAUUGCCCAAUUUUUCUGACUCGCUGCUUGACCUCCGCCCUGAUGAACCUGAGGAAGUUUGCCCGCAAAAUAGCGCGACGAGAAACAGAUUUCGCUCCCAGCCGCGGCUCUUUGCGUUUAAUGCGAGAUCGUUGAAUAAUAGAAAGCGGCGCGCAGACACUUUGGCAGCUAUUGAAAAUUCUGAAGCGGAUAUUAUUUGCGUGACAGAGACGUGGCUCUCGGCUGACCAUGGGGACAAUGAGAUAAUACCAUCUGAUUUUAUUGUCUUCCGUAAAGACCGCACCAACUGCAAACGAGCCUCUGGAGGUACCCUGAUUGCCGCCCGCCACCACCUGAAUCCGUGCCGCCAUAAACACCUAGAGGUUGGUGCUGAAAUAGUCUGGAUUGAAGUCAAGAUGGGCGAAUUGAAAAUUCUGCUCGGCUCUGCCUACAGAAAACCAGAUGGUUCUGCCGCGUAUAAUGACCGCCUAAUUGCCUCCCUUGACAAGGUUGCCGAGGUAAAGCACCUUUUUGACGCGUGCAUCCUGACAGGGGACUUUAACCUAGAAGUUGACUGGCAAGACGAUCCACCUCGCGCCGGCAAUGCACCGGCAACUGAUUUUCUCGGCGCCUUUUCCGAGCUCGCUCUCACUCAGCUGAUAAAAACGGCAACCCGCACGACAGCCACGACUUCCAAAAUCCUUGAUUUGGCGCUUUGCGACACUCCAGCGCUAAUUUCAAGUGCCAUUGUGGUGCCCGGCACUUCAGAUCACGAUGCUCUUCAGCUUGAAUUUUUGGUGCAGCAAAAAGUCCCCUCCAGAGUGCGCGAAAUUUUUGAUUUCAAGAAUGUUGAUUGGCCUGCCUUAAGUCAGCGUUUUUGCGACACAUUUGAAAAUAUUUCAUUUGUGGGUGCCCCAAUUGAGCGAUGCUGGGAAAUUUGGCUGCAAAAAUACUGGCAAAUACUUGCAGAAAUUGUGCCAAAAAAGCGUCUUCGUCCUCGUAAGCAAACCUGCGCGCCCUGGAUGACUAAAGAACUUCGCUCGCAAAUCGGUAAAAGGGAUAAAAUUUUCGCUCGCUGGCAAAAGAACAAAACGCGAGGUGCACGAGAAGAAUAUCUGGUGGCUAGAAAGCAGGUGCAAAAGGCCCUCCGCAACUCGCGUGACAAGUGGAUGUGGGACUUGGGCCGCGGCCCCGGUGGCAGUAAAUUUUUCUGGGACUUUGUCAAAUCAAAAACUAAGAUUUCACCAUCAGCCGGCGUUUUUGAAGUCAACGGGAAAAAUAUCUCCGAGCCUGAGCAAGUGGCCGCCGCCUUCAGUGAAGUGUUUGCGCGAAAUUUCAACUCUGCCACAAAUUACUUUCCCUUCAUGCGCCGUCGACCCCUUGCCCCCCAGCCCCCCUCUCUUUGUGACAUGUCGGUGAACAGUGUUAGUGUGUGCAUAAAACUCAAGCAGGUGAAGGGCAACGCCACCCCUGGCCCUGACGGUGUGCAGGGUGUCGUGCUCUCCAAGUGUGCGGCCGCUCUCGCGCCGAGCCUCGCGCGCCUUUUCAACAGCUCGCUGCAGCAAGGAGAGCUACCAGCAGGCUGGAAAAAAGCCGCCGUCGCACCCAUACCUAAGAGUGGAAAUAAAGCGCUGCUAGAGAAUUAUAGGCCAAUUAGUAUGACUUCCCUAGUUGGAAAAGCCCUGGAAAAACUCGUUCGGGACAGAGUCGAGCAGUACUUUGAGGAGAAUAAAUUAAUUCCCGAUUGCCAGCAUGGGUUCAGACAGAAAAGGUCAUGCACCACACUUCUGUGCAGAACAAUCGACAGUUGGGCGGCAACUCUGGACCAAAACUGCGGGGCGCACGUUCACGUGAUUACCCUGGAUUGGAAAAAAGCGUUUGACCGCGUCCCGCACGACCGCCUCCUGUCAAAACUGUCUUAUUAUGGCGUAAAUGGCAAACUGAUUAAAUGGCUGGAGUGCUUUCUGAAAGGGCGAACGCAAUUUGUUGUCUACGGUGGCGCGAAAUCUGAGCCAAGAGAUGUGCUCUCCGGCGUGAUUCAGGGCAGUGUGUUGGGGCCGCUGCUUUUCAACAUAUUCGUCGCGGAUCUGCCUCCAGCAAUAAAAUCAGAGCUGGCUCAGUACGCGGACGAUGUGACCCUUUGGCGACAUGUGAAAAACAUCAGCGACGUCGAGCAGCUGCAGGACGACCUGGACGCGAUUUUCGCGUGGUGCGCGGCAAAUGGAAUGGAGCUGAACGCCGCAAAAUGCCACGUCCUCGACCUGACGCGUGCGAGAACACCCUUGCGCACCGCGUACACCAUUGGCGGCGCCAUCCUCGAGUACAGCAACAUCGAGCGCAUCCUCGGCGUGCACGUGAGCAGCGACCUCAAGUGGAAUAGGCACACCGAAAUCGCGCGUGGCAAGGCGGCUAAAGUUCUCUCUUUCGCGGCCCGCAACCUGCAAGGCUGCACUCCGCGCGUUAAGCGACUCGCGUACCUAACGAUGGUAAAACCCUUGAUGUUCUACGGCACCCCAGCUUGGCAUCCCUCGACCCAGGUGAAUAUGAAAAAGUUCGAACGGGUGCAAAAUCGUGCCCUCAGAUUUGUGCAUGGGCGGCACAUCUCUGAGGCGGCCAAAAAAGAGCUGCUCUCAGUGCAACAGCAGCUCAAAUACAACGACUUGACUUUUUUUCGGAAGUGUCGUGAUGGUGAGACAAACAUGAACGCGAUGGCGCGAAUCACAGUGGGGCGAGUGAUGCGAAACACAGACGGCGAGCACCGACUCAUACCCCCAAAAGCGCGCACCGACCUCGGCCUGCAAUCGUUCUCCUUCCGACUCGCCCAACAGUGGAAUUCCCUCCCUUCCGAAUUGAAAUCUUGUCCGGCCCCCGAUUUCCCCAAAUUGUGUAAAUGUUUUGUGAUGUCAGAUUAA